AUGACCCUAGCAGUGGCACCCCUCAAGUACCACGAACAGCAGUUUCUCACCUACCGUUCAGUCUCCAAUUCGGUCUACAUCGUUUCUCUCCGCUCCGCGCCCCCCGUCCUUGCCUACCGCGGGGGCUUUGCGGGUUUCCCCGCCACUGCUCCGCCCGCACCCUCCGCGCGCGUUGCUUCCGCCUUUUCUGCGCUGCAUUCCGCCACGGACCGCUUCAGCGGCGCGCUGGGCGGGCGCAUCCGCAAGGAAUGGGAGCGCCAGCGGGGCAAGUGGCGGGGGAAGGGGAAGGCGCUCGUGCGGUCCGCCAAGGCGCGGCAAUUCUCCGCGUUCUUGAAGCGCCAGCAGCGCAACGUCGCGGCGUCUGCAGGGGUGCCCCCCGCCAGCAUUCUCCACAGCUACCGGUACCUCAGCAAUGGCUUCGCGGCGCGGCUUUCCCCCGCGCAGGUGCGGCGGCUGCAGCGCCACCCCGCCGUGGCGCGAGUGCGCGCGAGCGUGCGGCUGUACCCCGCCACCACGCACUCGCCCGCCUUCCUCAAACUCCCCUCCUCGCUCUGGAACGCGUCCCGCGGCGGAUUGGCGGGUGGGUCCGCGGGGGUGGCGGAAGGGGCGCAGAGCAAAGGGGAGGGCGUUGUGAUCGGCGUGAUCGACAGCGGCAUUUGGCCAGAGCACCCGUCGUUCGCGAGCCAGCCCGGCGUGCCGUCCCCGUCCGCGCCCUCCACUUUCGCGGGCGCGUGUGAGACAACGGGGGACUUUGAGGCGUGCACGGGCAAGGUGGUGGGCGCGCGGGCCAUCUACUCGGCGUUUACGGCGGAACGGGGCAGCAUCGACCUCACGGUCGAUUACCUCUCGCCGCGCGACUCCUUCAACCACGGCUCCUGGGCGGCAGCGGGCAACAGCGGGGUGGACGUCACAGGCAAAACCGGGCAGCUGAUUGGCGCAGCCAGCGGCAUGGCGCCCGGCGCACUCCUCUCCAUCUACAAGGUCCUCUGGCGCAGCAGUGCUCACGACGCCUCCGCGCCCCUCGCGGACGUCAAGGCAGCAGUAGAGCAGGCGAUUUUGGACGGCGUGGAUGUGAUCUCCAUCUCGCUUGCAGGGCUAUACGAUUUCACGGACUAUUUCACCGACGUGUCGUAUCUGAACGCGUUGCGAGCCGGCGUGGUGAUGGUGAUGGCGGCAGGGAACGAUGGGCGGCCACCGACGGCGUGGGCGUCGUGGCGCACGGUGAGCAACUUCUCGCCGUUCUACCUGACGGUGGGGGCCAGCUCCAUCGGCCGCCAGUUCAGCGCUGUGGUCACCAUGGGGAAUAGGAAGAGCCUCGUGGGGGCGGGCAUGGGCGGAGAUGCGCGCACCGCUGCUGGCCUGCCGCUCAUCGACGGUACCACCGCCAGAUUGGGCGGCACCUACGAGGGCAAGUACUGCUUCGAUGGCGGCUUAGACCCAAGCAUGAUCGCGGGCAAGAUCGUGGUGUGCGUGCGCGGCACGGCGUUCAUCUGGCAGAAGGUGCAGGAAGUGACACGCGGCGGGGGGCUUGCGAUGAUCCUAAUCAACGACCCCAAAGGCGAUUCCAACUUGUAUGACAACAUUCCCUCCACCGUGCCCGUGCUGCACCUCACGGCCAAAGAUGGCGCUGCGCUGCUGGCGUACAUGAAGAAGACGCGCGGAGUACCAGCCCCACCCAUCUCCCCUCUACUUCCCACCCUUUCUCCAAGCAGUGCAACGGCCAGCAUACCGGCGUCUUUCACCAUACGCCAGCUGCCAGGCCACCCCGUGAUCGCCUCCUUCUCCUCCUCAGGCCCCCUCGCCGAUCCGGCAGACUCACCAGCGCACCCCUACCCCACCAACGACAUCCUUAAGCCAGAUCUAGUCGCACCCGGUCUAAGUCUCUGGUCUGCCGCCGGUGGGAGUCUGGAAGACGCAGGAAUGGUGACUUUUGGGCUAUUAUCGGGGACGUCCAUGGCAACGCCUCACGUGGCGGGCGUGGCGGCGCUGGUGGUGCAGCGCAAUCCGACGUGGAGUCCGGCGCAGGUGAUGUCCGCCAUGAUGACCAGCGCCGCCACCACCAACAACAUUGCCAAGCCCAUCCUCCUCGAGAGCGGCGCGCUCGCCACGCCUUGGGAGAUGGGCGCGGGGCAGAUCAACCCGCCCGGCCUGCUGGAUCCCGGCCUGACCUACGACAUGAGCGCUCAGGACCUCCUGAAUUUUCUGGCUGGCCAAGAUAUGGGCCUCACUCUAUCCUUUCAGAUCUGUACUUGUCUUGCAACCAUUGCGGCGAUAGGCUGA